UGUUGAAGACUCUCCUUCGCACUUUCACUGAGUAACGGGUAUCAGAUAGUCAGGGAACUCGACUAAAGCGUUCUCUCUUGUUUCUGUUGCAAAGACUAAGUGAAUCCAGAGGGAGUUUCAAAACUAAGUAAAGCACGUGUUUAUUUUAAACUAACUUUUAAACGAACUUUACAUUUAUAAGGUCUAGCCUUGGGUAUAAAUUAUAUUUGACUUAUUUGUAGAGGCCAGAAAGUUAUGGAGCAGAUAAGCGAGUAUGUUGCUUUAUAUAAAAGUUAGUAUCUCUUGGUAAUAAUUUGUAAAAUCUCUGUCUGGAGCUGAUAAAACAUAUCAGCCAGACGGAGUAUGUUGUGCUAACCUUACAAUUCAGUCUUCUGGCUGAACUACAGGCAAAAGAUACCUAUAAGUAUGUUGCUUCUGAGAUCGAUAGUUUUGGUGGUGGUCCUUCUGCCUGUAUUACUGGAUGGAGCCCGUAUCCUCGGUUUGUUUCCCAUACCCAGCCACUCGCACUACUAUCACGCCUUACCUUAUCUUAAGAAAUUGGCAUCUUUGGGCCAUGAAGUAACUUCUGUAAGCCCAUUCCCAUUGAAAGAACCUGUGAGUAAUAUACACGAUAUCCCCGUUCCGGAGUUGUUUGACAACAUAGAGGAAAUUGUUGGCAAUUUAACCAACCGAAAGGGCACAUGGAAUGAAUACGAAUAUAUCAACAAGUAUACCCUGACUCUUGUAAAGAAAGUGCUAGAAAAUGACGGAGUGCGUCGCGAGAUUUUGCAGCCAGGAAAUGUCCAGUUUGAUCUGAUUAUUGUGGAUCUUUGGCGGCUGGAUGCUCUCUAUGGUUUUGCGGCCCAUUUCGAUGCCCCAAUAAUUGGCAUUGCUUCCUUUGGAACUGAUUGGAAGAUUGACGAACUAGUGGGCAACGUUUCACCAUUGUCAUACCUGCAGUCUCCCUCUUUUAACUGGUUUGAUCUUGAUUCUUAUGGAGGACGUGUGGCACACUUUGUUGAUCAGUCCCUAGCUUGGAUUAACUGGCACUGGCGGCACGAGGAAAAGCACGAGGCACUCUACAGGGAGUACUUUCCAAAAAUUGCCGAUAAACGUCCUUUGUCCGAGAUCACACGAAAUUUCGCCGUGAUUUUGGUUAACCAACACUUUACGUUGGCUCCACCACGUCCAUAUGCUCCGAAUGUUAUUGAAGUCGGGGGAAUGCAUAUUAAUAAAGAGCCUAAAGCUUUGCCGCAGGAGUUGGAGGACUUUAUCCAAGGAGCUGGUGAGCAUGGAGUAAUUUACUUUUCGCUUGGCACCAAUGUUAGAAGUAAAAAUCUGGCCGAGGAUCGCAGACGAAUAUUGAUUGACACAUUUGCCAGCCUGCCACAGCGCAUCUUGUGGAAAUUCGAAGCUGAUGAGCUGUCGGAUAUACCCUCAAAUGUUCUAAUUAGCUCAUGGUUUCCGCAGCAGGAUAUUCUGGCUCAUCCGAAGGUAAAGCUGUUUAUCACUCACGGAGGCUUACAGAGCACAGUCGAAUGUAUUCACCAUGGUAAACCGAUGCUGGGAUUGCCUUUCUUUUACGAUCAGUUCAGAAAUAUGGAACACAUCAAAGCACUGGGCAUUGGUUUAGUUCUUAAUUAUAAGGAUAUGACAAGCGAUGAGUUUAAGGACAGCAUUCUUCGGUUACUGACAGAGAAAAGUUUUGAUGUCACGGCAAGAACAACAUCAGGCAGAUAUCUGGAUCAACCCAUGAAUCCUUUGGAUACGGCGAUCUGGUGGACUCACUACGUCCUACGUCACAAGGGAGCACCUUAUAUGCGGGUAGCGGGCAGGGAUUUGGACUUUAUUACUUAUCACAGUCUGGAUGUUUUGGGUACUUUUCUCCUUGGCUUUUUGGUAACCUUUGGCAUUGUUGUCUUCUGUGUAAUUAAACUGUUAAAUACUAUCCUUAAUAGUAAAAAAACAAAUCGGUCAUCUAAGCAGAAAGUAAAUUAAAUUAGAAAUAUAUAAAACAUUUUCGACCCAUUGGGGAAUAAAUAUCUGUGUACACUCAAAGAAUGAUGGAUUUAUAACAUAUAGAUUGGGGAGAUGUAAGCAUGUUGACAUAAUGCCGUAUUAAAUAAUACUUCCGCAUACUCUUAUCGGUUU